ACACCUGUUGCUAUGACUCUGUAGCUGUAAGUCGCUGCUAAAAGCUGGUGAAGCCAACACAGUGUGACAGUGUGUCCUGUGCUCCAGCCUUGACUGUCCAGAUGGAGAACCACCUCACCGUCUGUCACCUCAAUCCUCCUCAGACACUGGACUAACGUUAAUAGCGUUAAAUCCGGAGGACGACUAUGAGCGUCUCCUGAUUCACGUGUCGCUGUCGGCCACAGACACAGAGGCUUCAAACAGAUCAGAAGACUCGCCUUAAAGCUGAGGGUUACAGUGUGCUGUGCAGUCUCAUUCUCUGUGUUGCCACUGUUGGUAGCAUGACUUGGUUUACACUUCCUGUUGACAACCUGCUGUGCAGGUGUCUUGGCAUCUCCAUCACUGUGUGGUUCACUCUUCUGUUUGUCUUCAUAAUUGUGCCAGCUGUACUUGGAGUCUCUUUUGGUAUGCGCAGGCUGUACAUGAGGACGCUUCUCAAGAUCUUUGAGUGGGCAAUGCUACGAAUGGAGAUGGGAGCAAAGGAAAAGAAUCAGGAACUCUAUAAACCAUAUAGCAAUGGUAUCAUAGCCAAAGAACCACCAUCUUCUUUGCAGCAGGAGAUCCAGGAGCUCCGUGGUUCAGCCUGUCUGCGCUCAGAGCCGGAGUUUGAGAUGGCCGACAUCUUCUACUUCUGCCGCAGAGGUGUGGAGAGCAUCGUGGAUGAUGAGGUGACCAAGCGCUUUUCAGCCCAGGAACUGGAGAGCUGGAACUUGCUGACUCGGAGCAACUACAACUUCCGUCACAUAAGUCUGAGGCUUACCGUCCUGUGGGGCCUGGGGAUCCUCAUCCGCUAUGGCGUCCUGCUUCCUCUCAGGGUUACUCUGGCAGUCACUGGCAUUGGUUUGCUCCUAGUCCUGACUUCUUUGGUGGGCUUUUUGCCAAAUAGAGAGUUAAGGUCCUACCUGAGUGAGAAGGUUCAUUUGAUGUGUUACCGCAUCUGUGUCAGAGCUCUCACAGCAAUCAUCACCUAUCAUAACAGGGAGAACAAACCACAGAAUGGUGGGAUCUGUGUGGCCAAUCAUACAACACCCAUUGAUGUCAUCAUCCUCGCCAAUGAUGGCUACUACUCUAUGGUUGGCCAGGUGCAUGGAGGAUUGAUGGGAAUGAUCCAAAGAGCCAUGGUCAAAUCCUCUCCUCACAUCUGGUUUGAAAGAUCAGAAGUUAAAGACAGACACCUAGUGGCCAAAAGACUUGGUGAUCAUGUUGCUGACAAAACCAAACAGCCUAUCCUUAUCUUUCCUGAGGGUACUUGCAUCAAUAACACAUCAGUGAUGAUGUUCAAAAAGGGCAGCUUUGAGAUUGACUGCACUGUCUAUCCAGUCGCCAUUAAGUAUGAUCCCCUGUUUGGGGAUGCUUUCUGGAACAGCAGUAAGUUUGGCAUGGUGAAUUAUCUGUUGAGGAUGAUGAGCAGCUGGGCCAUUGUCUGCAGCGUUUGGUAUCUGCCACCUAUGAACAAAGAGGAAGGGGAGGAUGCGGUGCAGUUUGCCAACAGAGUGAAAGCGGCCAUCGCUGCACAAGGAGGCUUAGUGGAUCUCAUUUGGGAUGGAGGGCUGAAACGAGGAAAAGUGAAAGAUGCUUUUAAAGAGGAGCAGCAGAAACUCUACAGCAAAGUUCUUGUAGGUGAGCAUGACCAGGAAGACCACAGUGACGACAAACAUUUAGAGGACGAAAAUCCAGAGGAGCAUGAAAACAGCCGAGAAUGAAGCAAAAGACAACGAGGACACAGUGAAUAAGGAGUCAGUGUUCAGACAUGGACCAUCCUGCAUAUUGUGACACUCAACAGUAAACAUGCAAAUCAAUGCACAGACUGAUUUCAGACAGCUAUAUAACUGUAUAAAUAAUUUCCCAUACUCACGUAUUGAGCAGAAAGGGAAAUCAAUUCUGGAAAGGUUGCCUGUCCAUUAAAGGGCUAAAACAGAAACCAACAGACACACUCAAAGUUCUUCAGAGCUAUCAAUGCAUCUGAUCUGCAAGUGGAACGAAACAGAUACAGACAGUGCCACUGCAACCUGAUUACGAUUCAAACUGGAGCUGCAUGUGAAACUGAAUCCAACCAUAUGAACCCUAUCAGCUGUCACGGUCUUGUCACGUAUCCCGUCCUUUCUCCACGUUACAGUCUGAGAAUUAUUAGAGCAGAGAGGUCUCAUGUUUUUAGAUGACAAAUGUUCAGGCUACCCCUGCCUCAACAUUUAUGUCAUCUAAAAACAUUAUAUGACAUGGAACUGUGACUACUGAUUAUUACAUAACACGAGCAUUGUCUAAAAAUACUACAGCUGGCAUUGUUUUCCUGUCUUAACCUGUGACAUAAAAGAGAGAAGUACCUGAA